CACAGACAAUUGCACCCUCAGAACUGAUCAACUAAAGCUUUUCCAUCCCUCCUAACUUCCAACCACUAACAUGGCAGUUGCCUCAUCCACUGCCAUCCAAAAGAACAACUUUCAUCUGACAAGAAGCUCCUUUUGUUUCUAAAGAAUGCAAGCUCUUCCAUUUCAAACCUUAGCUCAACUUCCUUGUGCUUUCAGCUUGCCAGCAAGUAAACGGCCCAAGGAUGUUAUGGAUAAGCACUUGCAUAACAGAUACGCCUCGAUAACAGUCAAAAGUUUGCCUAGGAGGGUGUUUUUGCAGCUUAUGGGGACUGGUCCCAUAUCAUUGGGCAUUAAUCCUGUUUUUGCUGCCCCAGUGCAAGAGAUGAAGGAACCUGAAGUAAUUCGGACAUUGAAGCUUUCCAGUGGGGUGAGAAUUCAAGAAAUCAUUGAAGGGGAGGGGCCAGAAGCUCAUGAUGGAGACUUUGUACAAUUGAACUAUGUAUGCCGACGAGCGAAUGGAUAUUUUGUUCACAGCACUGUGGAUCAGUUCAGUGGAGAAAGCUCUCCUGUCACCCUUCCUUUGGAUGAGAACCAGAUUAUAAGGGGCUUGAAGGAUGUCUUGACAGGCAUGAGGGUUGGAGGAAAGAGAAGAGCACUAAUACCUCCUUCCUUGGGAUACAUAAAUGAAAACCUGAAACCAAUUCCUGACGAGUUUGGUCCUCGACGCAGCCUUUUGUCUCAUGCAAAAGAACCUUUGAUCUUUGAGGUGCAGCUCUUGAAGAUAUUAUAAUUCAUGGAAUAUUGGUUUUUGUAAUUUUCUGGCUCUUUUUUGAGACUCCCCAGACAUGCUCUCUUAAAAACAUUCAACAGAUUACAUGUAAUUCCAUCACUGAGAUUAUGAGAAAAUGCCAUGCAAAUUAAACGGUGAGAGUUUGAAUCCAUAUGCCAUGCAAGCUUGAAUCCGGGUGAAAGUAAUUGAUCAAAGGGUACUCCCAUUGUCCUCCCAUGCAAAUUUAAAAAUAUUUAAACAUGGAGAAACCAUCUAGCAGAUAUCAAAACCAGGUUGUUGUUCUUUAUAAGAAGUGAAUCCAUGCCAUGCAAGUUUGUAUCCGGGUAAAGUAUUCGAUCAAUGGGUACUCCCAUUGCCCUCUCAUGCAAGAUGAAACAUUUUAAACAGGGAGAAACUGUGUAGCAGAUAUCAAAACCAGGUUGUUGGUCUUCAGAAGAAGAAAUGAAUCCAUGCCAUGCAAGUUUGAAUCCAGGUGGAAGUAUUUGAUCGAAGGGUACUUCCAUUGUCCUCCCAUUUAAUCCGGGUGAAGCCGGGUUUGUUUUUCUUUAGAAGAAGAAGUGAAGAAAAUGGUGGCAAAACUAUCAAAACCAGAGAUUUGUCAAUGUACUGCAAGCCAGACAUACAUUUAUCAGAGUCUCUCAUCAACUGCAGCUAGGGAAGCUUGUUUUGUUGAUGGCAGAAAUGGUAGUGCAAAGCUGAAGAAGUGAAGUUCCUCACUUUCCAACAUAAGCCAAGGCUGCUGAAGAACUUCUUUAGUAGAAACUUGUCAUUGCAAAACCAAAAGGAUUCAUUUUCAGUUUAUGAUUCUACUUUUUCAAUAAAAAAAACAUGAAAACAACUAAUGAAUCCACCAUUUCCUCACCUUUUUAAUGGGAUAAUGAGGAAACGCAUUG